AUGGCCUCCGUCUCUGAGCUGGCCGGCAUCUACUCUGCCCUCAUCCUGCACGAGGACAAGAUGAGGGUCGUGGAGGACAAGAUCAGCGCCCUCAUCAAAGCAGCUGGUGUCAGUGUUGGACCUUUCUGGCCUGGCUUGUUUGCAAAGGCCCUGACCAGUGUCAGCACUGGAAGCAUCAUCUGCAACCUACGGGCUGGUGGGCCCACUCCAGCUGCUGGAGCCUCACCAGUAGGUGGUCUGGCCGUCUCCACCGCUGCUUCCCCAGCUGAGGAGAAGAAGGUGGAAGCAAAGAAGGCAGAGUUUGAGGAAUCUGAUGAUUACAUGGGCUUUGGUCUAUUUGACUAA